AUGUCGUUGACGGAUUCAGCAGCCGCUGAUGUGGCGCAUAGCGCAUCAAUUGCCUCACGCCAACUAGCUACAUUGUCAAACAACGCACGAAAUGAUGCUCUGACUGCACUCCACCAAGCGUUGGAUCGAAAUCGCGACAGCAUCUUGGCAGCCAAUGCUCGAGAUGUGGAAGCGGCCACCAAGGCUGCCAAUAGCGGUGAUCUGAACCACAGCGUGCUCAAGAGACUUGAUCUCUCACGUCCCGGCAAAUAUGAUGACAUGCUGCAGGGAAUUCUAGACGUCCGUGACCUGGAGGAUCCUGUCGGCAAGGUGACCCUUCGGACUCUACUGGAUGAAGGCUUAACUCUGGAACGAGUGAGCUGUCCAAUCGGUGUCUUAUUGAUCAUUUUCGAAGCUCGUCCUGAGGUCAUCGCGAAUAUUGCGGCACUAGCCAUCAAAUCAGGCAAUGCCGCGAUUCUGAAAGGCGGAAAAGAAUCGAUGGAAUCAUUUGUGGCCAUCGCAAAGGUGGUGUCGGAGGCUAUCGCUAGCUCACAGGUGCCGGUCUCAUCGGUCCAACUGGUCAAGACCCGAGAUGUGGUAUCCGCCCUUCUUGCCCAGGAUGCCUACAUCGACCUUGUGAUCCCUCGAGGAUCCAACGAACUUGUCCGGUUCGUAAAGGAGAACACCAAAAUUCCUGUCCUGGGUCACGCCGACGGCCUUUGUUCGGCUUAUGUCCAUGCGGAUGCCAACGUCGACACCGCCGUAAAAGUCAUUAUGGACUCCAAGACAGAUUACCCCGCUGCCUGCAAUGCGCUGGAGACUCUUCUUGUUCAUGAGGACGUUCUCGAAUCGGUCUUCCCCGAAGUGGCAAAGGCUCUGAUCAAGAAGGGGGUUUCUCUGCGCUGCGAUUCGGCUUCCCAGGCUGUCCUCUCCAAGUCACUGCCCACUGAUCAGCUGUCGCUGGUGCAAUCCGCCAGCGAGGCUGACUUCAACACUGAAUUCUUGGAUCUCAUCCUGGCCGUGAAGACCAUUACCCAGACCGACUCGGCUGAGUCUGCCGUGGAAGCCGCAGUUGCCCACAUCAACACCCACCAUUCCAAACACACGGAUAUUAUCAUCACCGAGUCACGCGACCUGGCAAAUCUGUUCAUGAACAGUAUCGACAGCGCCGGAGUUUUCUGGAACGCAUCGUCCCGGUUCGCUGAUGGAAUGCGAUUUGGUUUUGGAACGGAGGUCGGCAUCAGUACGAAUAAAAUCCACUCGCGCGGACCGGUGGGCUUAGAGGGCUUGACGAUCUAUAAAUAUCUGAUUCGAGGCAACGGUCAUGGUGCGGGGGAUUACCAUGAUGGCGUGGGGGGCCGCAAGUACCUUCAUAAGAAGCUGCCAAUCGACGAAUGA